UUACAAAUAUGUUGUUUUGUGUGUAUGAUACAUCCUGACUAACAUACAAUAGAUACCAGAUUCAUGUAAAUUAUUACACACAUGCUCACCAGACAUAAUCAAUGAGGCAUUCUUCAUGUUAUUAAUUUUCUUUCAUAGCUCCUGCUGUAUAUCCUGGAAUACUCCUGUCCAUCUUAGAAGAUGAAAUCCUUUACCGAUUCCAGCACAGGAUCUGAAAGUGAGUCUAAGAGCCAGUCCAUUCCAGAAACCAUGGAGAGGGUAACCCGAAGGAGGAUGGCGGCCAAUGCCCGGGAAAGAAAACGAAUGCAAGGCCUGAACACGGCGUUUGACUGCCUGCGCAGAGUAGUGCCUCAAUGGGGCCAGGACAAGAAGUUGUCCAAGUACGAGACCCUACAGAUGGCCCUGAGCUACAUCAUGGCCCUGAGCAGCAUUCUGAGUGAGGCCGAGCACUACAGCACAUCGCAGCGGGACUGGUGUGUGCAGUCGGAGGGCUACGCCUUUCUAGCGUGUGACUCCUCAGCUGAUCUAGAGGAGUUCUCAUACAGUGCAGAGAGCUACUGAACUUUAAUGAGUUGUGGUGAGUCCACGGGAAACUCCAAUUACAAAUUAUGGACAGUGCACUACAAUGGGAGAGGUGCUAUACUAACUAAAUGACUAAAAAGAGACAGACAAUCUGAAUUUUGGACAUGAUAAUCCUAACAUUCUUUGAUACAAUGUUUUUAUUACAUGAUUCAAACGUGCCGACUUUAUCUGGGGGAUGAAUAUGCAUGCUGUUUUUGCAGAUCUUUGUUACUUGUACAAGGCUCAGAAACUGUAUACAAAACAGUCUUGGGGAACUCUAUGUAAUGUGGGCAUUCUUAGCUGUUAAGACUGCAGUCAGUAUUUAUUUUCAACUAUUAACGUGUUCCCUGUCAUUGUUCUGUUUUUUGAAUUUAA